AUGCUAGCUGUCUUCAUCCCCAGCUUUCAUCAACUUAUUAAUUUGCAAAUCUCGUUGCCUUAAACAUCCGCAGUGAAGCUCCGGAACAGAGAUAUUAUUAAUGGCUGGGAGUGGAGCUUUUGCAGAGAUCAAAGACGGCGAUGUUUACAAGUUCUACGCCGAUGGUGAGUGGAAGAAGUCUGCGUCUGGAAAAUUCGUGCCUGUUAUCAAUCCCACCACUAGAAACACCCACUUCAAGGUCCAAGCUUGUACUCAAGAAGAGGUUAACAAGAUUAUAGAAACAGCAAAAUCAGCACAAAAAUCGUGGGCAAAGACUCCACUUUGGAAAAGAGCAGAGCUACUUCACAAAGCGGCCGCAAUACUAAAAGAGCACAAAGCACCUAUUGCGGGGUGCCUUGUUAAGGAGAUAGCAAAACCAGCUAAGGACGCUGUGACUGAAGUAGUCAGGUCAGCCGACUUAAUUUCCUACUGUGCUGAAGAAGGAGUGAGGAUUCUUGGAGAAGGGAAGUUUCUGGUUUCUGAUAGUUUCCCAGGGAAUGAAAGGACCAAAUACUGCCUCACUUCCAAGAUUCCACUGGGGGUUGUUUUGGCUAUCCCACCCUUUAACUAUCCUGUCAAUCUUGCUGUUUCAAAAAUUGCUCCUGCUCUUAUUGCCGGAAACUCUCUUGUGCUAAAGCCCCCAACCCAGGGGGCUGUUGCUGCACUUCACAUGGUGCACUGUUUUCACUUGGCUGGUUUUCCAAAAGGCCUUAUUAGUUGUGUUACUGGGAAGGGUUCUGAGAUUGGCGACUUCCUUACAAUGCAUCCUGGUGUCAACUGUAUAAGCUUCACAGGUGGAGAUACUGGAAUAGCUAUCUCAAAGAAGGCUGGAAUGAUUCCUCUGCAGAUGGAACUUGGUGGAAAAGAUGCAUGUAUCAUCCUUGAAGAUGCUGAUUUGGAUUUAGUAGCAGCUAACAUUGUAAAAGGAGGUUUUUCUUACAGUGGUCAAAGAUGCACAGCUGUAAAAGUUGUUCUGGUCAUGGAAUCGGUCGCAGAUACUCUUGUCGAGAAAGUCAAGGCUAAAUUGGCAAAAUUAACUGUUGGGCCACCUGAAGAUGACUGCGAUAUCACACCAGUUGUUACAGAGUCCUCUGCUAAUUUUAUCGAAGGGUUGGUAAUGGAUGCCAAGCAGAAAGGAGCAACUUUCUGCCAGGAGUACAAGAGACAAGGCAAUCUCAUAUGGCCAUUAUUGUUAGAUAAUGUUAGACCAGAUAUGAGGAUAGCAUGGGAGGAACCAUUUGGUCCAGUUUUGCCAGUUAUUCGGAUCAACUCUGUUGAAGAAGGAAUCAACCACUGCAAUGCAAGUAAUUUUGGCCUUCAGGGCUGUGUGUUUACCAGAGACAUAAACAAAGCAAUUUUGAUUAGUGAUGCAAUGGAAACAGGAACAGUUCAGAUCAAUUCUGCCCCUGCUCGCGGACCAGACCAUUUUCCUUUCCAGGGUCUGAAGGACAGUGGCAUUGGUUCUCAAGGAAUUACAAACAGUAUAAACAUGAUGACGAAGAUCAAAAGCACUGUAAUCAACUUGCCUUCGCCUUCUUACACAUUGGGGUGAUAUAACAGCAGGAAAGUUUGGUAUUCUCCACCUACUGUAUAUAUAUAUGUUAUAUAUUGAGAGUACAAACAUAACAGUAUGCAGCUAUUAGAUAUAUUAAAGAAUUCUUGUUCUAUUUCCCCAUUCACCGUACUUUUCUUUUAAGUGGUAAGAAAAAAAGACUCAUGGUGAUGAUGAGGAGCAAAAUGGUAGGUUUGAGCAUAGAAAUUCAUGGGGAUCAUAAUUUCAGGGGGUGGUAGAGCACUGUGGCUACUGGUUUUUGUUGAUACAAUUAAGAAAUAAAAACCAUCUUUUAGUUUUGUUCA